AUGACAGGUGUCUACCUUGCGAUUCUACAUUUUGGUUCCAAUUUGACGCAAGAUAAGCGCAAAGUUGACUUUGCCAAUCAGUCAGCGAGUUUGCAGGACUUGGAAAACGUCGUAAAGACCGCCUGCGAUAGUUACACAUUCUCUCGCAACAAAAAAGCUGGGAAAUGGCUGGAACGAUUUUCCAGCCGCUUGAUACAUUACGGAAACAUCUUCGACAUACUAGCGCAGCAUCAUCCGGAGUAUGUAGCUCUGGCUUGGGGCACGAUAAAGUUUCUUUUCGUAGUGAGUCGACCCGAAUGA